AAUGUGUAUUAUCCUGCCUCUGCUUUAAGCGCUCCCAUGCACGCCGCCUUCACGUGCAGGCCGCACUGCAACGUACAGAUGACGGAUCGACUUUUUUCAACUCGUGGCUGAGGAAGGUUGAUAGUCCAUCCACCUGUAUGGCGUCCUGUUUGUUCCGGCUAUUGUUGCCAUGGCAAAUAUAAACAUUCAAUGGGAGCAUGCACGGUUGUUAUGGGAACGGUCUGCGCGAGCACCAAGGAAGCAGGAAAGAGCGAAUCUGGUUACUGAGUACAAAACAUGGUUUCCUCAUAAGCGCAUGCAGCAAACUCACAAACUGUAGAGAGAACUACAUAAAAGUAACCUGAGGAAAAUGUCAGUACUACAAUCCACAGCAGCUCCAGCAGAUGGGAAAUUACAACGCCGUAUUCCAAGCCUGCCAACCAUCAAGCCAGACAGGCUAAAAACAGCUAAAACACUGGUAGAAAAAGCAGUAAAGUUGAGGAAAGUCUUUUCAGUGCAUGGACCUUAUCCUGUGAUCCGUGCUGCUUUAUGGGCCAGAGGGUGGGUGGAACGUCGUUUGCCCCCUCCUGUGCAGAGAACACCUCAUUGCCUUGGUGAUGAAGAAGAGGAUAGAGACGAUGGUGAUGUCUGUGCUGAUGUUUCUGACGGAGUCGAUGGAGGCGAGAAAGAGGAGACCCUUGAUGACAUGUACAACCUCAUGUCACGCCUGGUUCGAAAUGAAACAACAUAUUUCUACUGGACAACACGCCGAGAUUAUAUAGACUGCCAUUCAUUAGACAACGACCAAGUAACCAACCACUAUGCGAACUCUGCAGCGCUCACCACCAAGGUGGGGCUCUGUUUGAACUUGCGUAACCUUAGGUGGUUUGAUGCAGCAGAUCCUGACACCUUCUUCCCAAGGUGCUACAGGCUUGGGGCUGAGGAUGAAAAGCAUUCAUUCAAAGAGGAUUUUAGGAGGACAGCAUGCACCAGCCUGCUUCAGCAUGUGGUUGAGACAAGCAAAUGGAAGCAAGACAGAGCAGAAGACAUGAAUGACAGCCAUCAACAAUUUGUUGCUCCUGGUAUUAUCGACUUGGCUGUACAUGUGUGUCAAGACUUUCUCAGUGUUUUAGAGCACAGUGACAUUGAUGUGACUGUAGAAACACCCCCCUCAGUGGAAGAGGGGCAGUGGGCCAAGUUUAUGGAAGAUUACUACAAGGUUGUGCAUGAAGGUGCUUUGAUCAGGGGUAGCAGUGCGUUUGUGGAGCGCUGCCAGGCAAUGUUAAUCAGGCUGCAGGAAGUUUGCCCUCAGCUAAACACAGAUGGACUCAAUAACAUCUGGAUCAUCAAACCAGGUGCCAUGUCAAGAGGACGAGGUAUCAUGUGUAUGAAUCGUCUGGAUGAGAUUUUGGCCCUCGUAGACAGUGAUAGAGUCCCCAAAGAGAGUAAGUGGGUGGUACAGAAAUACCUGGAACGUCCCCUGUUGGUCCAUGGCACCAAGUUUGACCUUCGUCAGUGGUUCCUGGUCACCGACUGGAACCCUCUGACUGUCUGGUUCUACAGAGAAUGCUACCUGCGCUUCUCCACUCAGCCUUAUUCCACAAAGUCACUGGACAGCUCAGUCCACCUGUGCAACUACUCCAUCCAGAAGCACUUCCAGCUAUCCAGUGACCGCCAUCUAGAAGUGCCCAACGACAACAUGUGGUCCUGCUCUCAGUUUAAGGCUUUUCUGCAACAACAAGGCCGUGGGGCAGAGUGGGAGUCAGUGGUGGUCCCAGGCAUGCAACAAGCGGUGGUCAGAGCUCUGCAGACAACCCAGGAUCUGGUUGAGCCCCGCAAGGCAAGCUUUGAGCUCUAUGGAGCGGACUUUAUGUUAGGCAGGGAUCUGAGGCCCUGGCUUCUGGAGAUUAAUGCUAGUCCAACUAUGGCCUGUUCCACUGCUGUGACUGCUCGCCUCUGCCCUGCUGUGCAACAGGACACACUGAGGGUUGUUCUCGACAGACGGACUGAUCCAAAUGCUUACACAGGAGGCUUUCAGCUGAUCUACAAACAGGCUGCAGUUGAAGUGCCUCACUAUGUGGGCGUGAACCUGCUGGUGGAAGGAGCCCCAAUAAGGCGAUCAACAUCUAAACCACCUUUUAAAAUUCAGUCAUCAUUUGACCAGUCAUCAUCAGAAGGUGUUAAAACAGCACAUAACACAUCAACUCAGAGGUCUACCAAAAUCUCUGCUUUCCUCCAUUCAGACAAGGAAAACCAAACUGUUGGAGAUAAAAAGAGGCAGCUGACAUCAACAUUUCUUAAGAGAGGAGACAAGGGGAAAACAGGAGGUCAGAUCACCUCCUGUGUUCGCAGGUUCUGUCGCAGCCUGACAGUUGAACAGCCCCUGUUGGUUCACAUUGAACCUCGGAGGAAAACCAGGCGUUUGGGUUUGAAACUUGGUCCCAAAGGGGCGACUCUAGUCCCACGUAGUCUUUCCUUUUCCCUCAGCCACCCUCACAGCAUGUUAGCUUGUCAAUCUCAGCCCAAUCCAGGUCAAAGAUUGCACAUUUCCAGAUCCUGCUUACCUCAGUCAACUGCUGGACCACAGCUGAAGACUUCUGCCAGGGUUUUUCCUCCUCUUCAGGGUCCACUUCCUACCCUGGAUAUUUUGAGCUUAAGGCCAAACAUUGUUGCCAAAACUAUACCAUGUUGUCAAGCAAACUUGUCCUUAAAUCCUAGCAUCCACAUGAAACAGUUGUUCCCCUGCUCUGGAAAGCAAAUCCCAGCCAAAUGUAAAGGUGCAGUCUCAGUAGGAUAUAAACACUAGGGGUGUCAUGUGUUACCAAAAUGGAGGACAAACAGCGACAAGUGAUCAAGAGCUUAUGCCAGCAACAGCAGAUUGCUAGUGUGCAGGACUUUUGCAUGAUUGUAGCAUCGGUCAAACUAUUAUAACAGCAUCAGAUUGAUAUGUAGAAAUUAUAUUUAUAUUGAUUUAUAUGUAGAAAAAAUGAGAUUCACGGUGGAGGCACAUUAUUUUCAUAUAUUUCAUUCACGUAGUUCACGAGUUUUAAAGAACAUCAAGACAAUUACAUGUUAACUACUCACAGAAGGAGUACAUCUUACACAUAACAUGUUCCAGUGAUACAUUUAACACUCAAACUACCAAGGCAGUAAUUUAGACUGCUUUCAAAAUUGACAGUUAUCCAUAAUUGUCAUGUCCAUGUCUGACGACAGGACACUCAUCAUACAAAUUCAGUGAAGUUCUGCUGAUGGGUAAUCAAGUUUCUGUUUUAUGGUCAAACACAACAAUUUGUUGCAUUGCCAUGGCAACAUUGUUCAACAAACAGUUGACGUUUCAUUGUUAUGGUCCUAUGAUGACACCAACCUAUUUUCAAGGCAGGAUACAUUUGAUUUCAUUUCACAAAGAAAAUGGAUUCAGUUCGAGUUUGUAUGUGUAAUUUCAGAGAAGUUAUGAUGGUGUCAAUGAAAUAAAUAAAAUACUCAUUACUUACAAUUUUCA